UUGGUUUAUAACUGUCGUGGCUAGAUCAAGGCACUCCACACUUUUAGUCUUGGUCUCCGUAGAAGUAGAACAUACGUGCGUUGGUAGCGUGAGCAGUGAAGUUUUCUUGUGGUUGCUCGCAAAAAACUUCUUGCUCCUUUCGCUUUACCUGGUCGAUGUUGGUGUUUGAGACUCCCGCUAUGGCCGCGUUAUGGGACCGUGUAGUGAAGACUAUGGCAGUGACUGGGGCAAUCGCAGGCACGACGACCUCUGCCGACCCGCCGCCACUGGAGAAAGCAUUGGGUGCUGCUGAGGACGAUUGUAGGCUGCGCGCCAUGCUGCGCCAAAGCGUUCGUCAUACGCUCAGCAACAAUGGCCACGCGGGCCUGGCGGACCGUCUCUACACAGUGUCCAGCGCGAGAGACGAACAGAUGAUCAACAAAUCUGACGACGUGCGACAGCUUUUCGCAGUAGUCAAGGUGCUUAUAAAGGACAAGAAGGCAGAGCUCCAACAGUCGCUGACUACGCUACUUCCUUGGGAGUGUAACCAAAAGGACGCCGUGGAUCUAUCUAGCAAAGUUCUACGCAAACUUUUCUCCAAGCCCACCAUUGGAAUGGUGCUGACAGCCGUUGCGUUUGGUGGAUAUGUAGCGCUGCAUCUGGAGCACCGUGGAAUCGUGUUCGUCAAGCAUGUUGUGCGUGCGCUGGAAAAUGAGAUCGAUGAGUUUCUGCACGAGUGGUAUGGACGUCUUGAAGCUCAGGAGGCGUUGAAGAGCAAGUAUGAUGAAAUCUGCAGGGAUCCUAUCAAGGAGACUACCACGCGACGAGCGCUGACCCAGAUCGCCCUGGUCGCUGGCGGUGUUCUGGCGAUAGCAAUGGCCAUCAACAGAUCGUGACUUUUCGAUGUUUGUCAGUGCAUGGACGAGCCACGAGUGAAGUAAAAGCAGUUCGCCGCGUUUAGCAGGCGACUGUCAGUUCCAGGGACAUCGCAAGCUCAGUCAGAGGAGCCCCGCGUUACAACGAAAUGGCAACACUGCCAAGAACCUAUCCUCCGUUCUGAAGCGGAGGGCACUCAGGGAACAGCACACGGUGCUCCUGGGUGAGCUGAGCGCUACCACGAUUUCCUUCCGAUGGGGAUUUAGGUAGCUGGCCCUUGUCCACAAACAAGCGCUAUUUUCAGCGCCCAUCUGGCGUUCAAGGGAAGGGAAAUCUCGCUGCUGGCGAUCAUUUGGCGAGCAGAUGUGGACAUAGGGUUUCGGAAUCGCGACACGGUGAACCAGAGGUGUUUGUUCUAAGACAUUUGAUCCAGAGAAAUCAACUGCUUGAUUUCGCACAAACGUGCUAUGACUGUGUAGGUGAGAAAUUAGAGCUGGUUUGCUGGCGUCUGUUUCAUUGUGAGCGUCUCGUCAUGUGUGUCUUGCAGUCCGUGUGGAAACAUUUCGUAUGUCUCCCGUACUUCACACGUCUUGUUCAAAGUGUGAACUGCGGCUGAGACGCCCUUCCUUCAACCAAUUCACUGUGAAGUAUUUACAGGGCUUGUGUUUGCUUGUGUGUGUGAAAAGCCGCUGCUGGGUGGAAGCUGCACCUUUUCCCCUCCUGCCACACAUGGAGAAGUAGUCAUGACUAUCCAAAACUCUCUCUAGCAUUCCAGUGAAAAUGUGUUUGUGAAAUGUUGAUUUUUGAUGGACUCUUGUUGCGUUUUUGUCUAUGCAAGACGUUGUCCAGUUGAUGUUGAUUGCUGCACACCAGGGUUGACCUCACAGAAUUAUGUGUUUGAAUUUUACAACAGAGGUAUUACAGCAGAGCUUUCACCGAGCUGUUGACCUGAUUAUAUUCCAGAGCUCAUCAUAUUAUUGUUCCAUCACCCCUAUUAUAUUUACCAUAUCAAGAACUCCCACUUCCGUUCAAUAAUAAUAUGCGGCAUGAUUUUCUUUUGCCUGUACAUGAUCAUGGGCAAACAGUCCUCACAAUCUACAAACUCUACUAUCCUA